GAAUUGGACAAAGAGGAAGAAGCUGUGGCAUGGAGAAGAUCACAAAGAAGUUUGGUAAAAGACUUGAUCUACUUACAAAACAACUAGUUGUCAACACACAAUUAAUUAUAUCUAUUUUUUUGUUAUCAUGAUGUAAUUGUCCACCUUGUUUAAGCAGUAAUAUGGCUGCCAUCUUGCCAGACACGCAUCUUGUCUGCUAUCUUUGCACUUCUUUAAAAGACUCUGUUGUUCUAAGAUGUCUCCACUGCCUGUGUAAAAACUGUCUACAAAGCUACUGGGAGCUCAACAAGUCCCUGGAGUGUCCUGUUUGUUUGAAGGAGACACGCUGUUCUGUUCUUCUUCAUCAUUUAAGUAUUUCUCGCUUUGCCUCAGAGGGUGAAUUCUCUCAAGACAGCAACUUCAAACCACUUCAUGUGGGGAACUUGGAAAGUGAAAUGCAAUUAGAGGAGACAACCAUAUCUCAGGUAAUGAGCACUAUUCCCAGAAUCAAAACAGAAGAGGACAUGACUACCAUAGUCCAGAUGUUGAUGGAGACCAAAUAUGAACCAGUGGAAACAAGCAUUGAUGAUCUUAUAUACACACCUACAAUCGAAGACAUUUCCUCUGUAAAGAGGGAGCCAUCCAAUGAAGUCAGUAAUGAAGAAAUACACAGAGACUUGAUGAUACAUGACACCGUUCCUACAUCCAGUUCUGUUUUAAUGGAACCCAAUGACUCUGGAGAGCCUCCACAUCUUUCAACCACAAAGACUUGUAGAUCUUUAAGGUCCAACCUUUGUUUAAAAUGUGGCAAGAGCUUUGAAAGAAAGUCUGACCUUAGAGCCCAUGAGAAGGUUCACUCCCUGCAGAAGCCACACCAAUGCUCUACCUGCGGAAAGAGUUAUGUUGAUAGACAUGAGCUGUCCAUGCACGAGCGGCUGCACACCGGUGAGAAGCUGUUUGACUGCUCUUACUGCAAGAAGAAGUUUGUUAGGGAGAGUGCACUGAAGUAUCACUUGAGGAGCCACACAGGAGAGAAACCGUUUUCUUGCUCGCAAUGUGGGAAGAGCUUUUCUCGAAGAAGUACCCUAAACACCCACUUGCGGUUACACAUGGGCCACCUUCCCCAUCAGUGUGAUCAUUGUGGGAAGCUUUUCAACACUGCGGCAGCCAUGAGAGCCCACAGGGCAACCCAUACCGGAGAGAGGCCUUUCCCUUGCCCGCAGUGUGACAAGAAGUUCAUCUUCAAGGCUGAGCUGGAAGUUCACCUGGAUGGCCAUGCAGGCAACAAGCCGUUCAAAUGCUCUGUGUGUGGGAAGGGAUUCCUGAGGAAGCAAGAAUGCAAUGUUCACCAGACUAUUCACCAAGACAAACGUUCCUUUCAUUGCACCUACUGCGAUAAUAGCUUCAAAAGGCUGAGCCACCUCACGUCACACCUGAAGAUCCAUUACCCGGAAUCCCCGCACAAAUGCACAUACUGCGAAAAGUCCUUCAAGCAUCCCAACAGCCUCAAAUUGCAUGAGCGUCUUCACACCGGAGAGAAACCCUACAGUUGCGAACACUGCGGAAAAAGGUUCCCUUCUUCCGGAGAUCGAACUAGACACCUUGCUGUACACUCUGAAGUCAAGUCCUACAAGUGUCCUAAGUGUGACAGGAGGUUUCGCUUUAAGAACAGUUUGCAGUCCCACCAGGUCAUGCACACUGGAGAAAGGCCCUUCCACUGCAAGAAGUGUGGUAGGGACUUUGCUAGGCGCGCAAAUCUCAAGGCGCAUUCAGUGGUGCACACUGAAGAAAGAAGCUACAGCUGUUCUCAGUGCGGCCAAGCAUUCAAGUGCUCCUCUACUCUCAAGAGCCACAUGAUAAUCCAUUCCAGCAAGACCCUUUUAGACUGCACCACCUGUGGCAAAACCUUCACUCGCCAUGACACCUUGAAAAGGCAUCAAGACAUUCAUGCAGGGAUCAAAGUCUACAAGUGCACGGACUGCGGGAAAUGCCUGAGCUCAGCAAGUUGCCUGAAGCUACACAUGGAGGGUCACUCUGGGAAUAAGAAAAUGUACUACUGCGAUGAAUGUGAGAAGAGUUUCAGUUCCAUGUCCUACCUGCAGAAGCACCGUCAGAUGGCACACUCUGACGAGAAGCCGUUUGUGUGCCUCGAGUGCGGGGAGAGCUUUAACUCGGAUGGGAAAUUGGUUACUCACCAACUCCAACAUUCAGGACGGAUGGACCAUGCUUGCACUGAGUGUGGGAAGAAGUUUGCAAGAAAAGAGACGUUAAGACGACAUGUGAAGACGCACUCCGAGGAAAGGCCUUACCAGUGUUCAGACUGUGGGAAAGGAUUCAAAAGGAGUGAUCAACUAAAACAGCAUACAUUGAUUCAUUCCGAGAGAGUUUAAAUGGAUGAUGUUUUCAACUUGGAAAUUAUGAUUUCUACAAAUGCAGGCUGUUAAUAUGCUUCAAUCACAUCGUUUUCCAUCUGAUCAUCUUGCAUUUGUCCAGGCAUUUGAGUGAAGAAGAAUCCCCCCACUUGAGUUCAUUUAGAUGGCAUUUUGUAUUAGUGGCACUAGAUGGCAGUCUGUGCUUUGAGACAGAAUUUGAAUGAACUGUAAAGAUGCCCAAAACCCAAUGUUGUAGAACCUUCUGUAAAAUCAAGAAAAGUAAUUUAUUUCAAUGAUAAAAGUGUAUGAAUUUAACGAUGGGUUUGGGACAAAUUGUGAUUUAGUUUUGAUUCAGAAAAUUAUGGAUGUUUUGUUCUGUCAUUAAAGACCCACAGUAUC